AUGCGCGCCUUUAUUCUACUGUGUGUCUUUGCCGUUGCCUGUAGUGCCGAUAAUCUGGGCUACAACUAUCAGCCCGUUGCGCAUGCCGAUCAGGGUCUUUCUUUCCUACCCGGCGCUGGAGAUGUUGUACAAGCUGCUCAGCACGGAGAGGCGGUGCUUUCGCAGCCCAUCGAUUCCCAAUUGUCGUCGAUCUCAUCACAAGGACAAAGUAUUGCACCCACACCUAUUGCUGCCCCACUAAUCGAGGAAUUCCAGAAAGAAUUCUACAGCUAUGCCGCCCCCGAGGAACAGUUCGAUGAUGGCGCCAACAAUCAACAGAUUGCCAACUCCCUCAAGAAGAACCUUCGCAUUGUCUUCAUCCGCACGCCCGAGAAUCGUGGAUUCGAGCGCGCAGCCUUGCAGUUGGCCAAGCAGUCGGCUGAUCAGCAGACCGCCAUUUACGUGCUCAGCAAGCAGGCUGAUAUCUCGAAUCUAGCCAAGCAACUUAACGGACUUAAAUCCUCCUCAUCGAACAAACCUGAAGUGCACUUCGUCAAGUAUCGUACACCUCAGGAUGCGGCCAACGCACAGCUGGCCAUUCAGAACCAAUACAACCAGUUGCCAGGUGUCUCCCGCAUCUCCAACGAGGGCAGCGCCCCUGUGUUGAACUUUGCCUCGCAGGCCCCUCUGGCAGCUGUCCGCCCCAGCUCUGUGAGCGCCCCUGCUCCAGAAUACUUGCCAGCCAAUGUGGUGCCCGGACAGGAUUACUUGCCACCCAGUCUGCGUCGCUUCCGCGUGAAGUAA